AUGAACAAAGACGAGGGCAAAGAGUGGGAAGGCCGCACCCAACAAUUCAUGAGGUCAUACGAAUGGGGCCGUAUCCUGAUUAUAACGGGCUACAAACAGCAAAAACGCCUACUGCGAGAGAUCCUGGCUGAACUCCCGGAAGCAGAUGUCUCGCGCGGAUUGGUGUCCGCCCGCACCAUCGAUGAUUCGCCAAGCCACCAAGCUGAGGUGGUAAUCUGCGAUUUGGUCCGAACGGAUAAACCAGGAUUCAUGGUGGAGGACGAACGUCUAGAGAUUAUGAAAACGAAUCACAUAUGCAACGGCUCCCUUAUCCGUAAAGGACGAAAGAACAAGCUCGUAUUCAUCGAACGCGAAGGCAAAGGGAGAGCGACUGUUCAUCUACACGAAUAUCCCCAGUAUAAAGAGCUAUGGAGAGCUAUAAAGGACCAUUUCGAUAUUCUGAAGCUUGAGGAUACGAUGCGUGAACUGAUGUCGAGUCUCGACAAGACUCAGCUGGAGAAGCUGUGGAAGCUUCGUGAGUUGACGAGUCUUGACGAGGACCAAAUACAAGAACUACAGAGAAUACACGAGAGUAUGCAGACCAAUGCUGAUACCCUUAUUCGACACUUCGUCCAACACAUUUUGCGACUUGGCCGGCACGCACAGCGAGGAAUCAAUUCCCCCCACUGA